GCUUCAUACUUUUACUUUCGGUUUAAAGGUGUGGCGAGACAAUGGCACACAGAUCAGUUCGCAGAAGGAGUCCAGACUUGGAUCGGCCCCACAGCAGGAGGCAUCGCAGUUCAAGUGUUGAUCGCCCCAAUAUGACAAUACAGGCAUCUACAAAACCAGACCUGAACCUGGUGUUGUGUGGAAGUGAUGCUGCUCUGAAAGCCUCUGUAUUGGAAUGUUUCAUGGGGGAAAAAACACUUUCCAUGUCACAUCAGACGUUCAGCUCAGAGUGUGUGAUGGAGGAGGAGAAGAUUCAUGGUCAUCAGAUGAGUCUGGUGAAGCUUCCAGCUCUGAUCCAUCUCUCAGAGGAGGACGUGAUGCAUCAGACUCUCAACUGUGUGUCUCUCUGUCAUCCUGGAGUUCAUGUCUUCCUCCUCAUUGUUCCUGAUGCUCCACUGACUGAUGAAGACAAAGCAGAAAUGGAGGAGAUCCAGAAGAUAUUCAACUCCAGAGAGCACUUCAUGCUGCUUUUCACCACAGAUCUCACUGUUGGAACUCUAGUGACAGAUUUAGUCAAAUCCAGACCAGAAUCUCAGAGGUUAAUCAGUCUCUGUGGAGGUCAGUACAGAGUGAUGGGGUUAAAUGAACCUGAAAACUCCAGACAGAUUCCAGAACUACUGGAAUAUAUAGAGAACAUGAAGACUGAACCGUAUUCACUACAGAUGUAUAUGAAAGCUCAGGAGAACAGAGUCAGAGGUGAAGCAGAGGAGAAAUAUAAAGAAGAACUGAAGAGAAUGGAGAAUGAAAAUGAAGAGUUAAAGCAGAAGAUUCAAUCAGAAGGUGCUGAAGGUGAAGCAGAUGAUCUGGAGCAACUGAGGAUUGUGUUGAUUGGGAGAACUGGAAGUGGAAAGAGCGCCACAGGAAACACUAUUCUGGGUAGAAAGGAGUUUCAGAGCCGAUUGAGCACAGAUUCAGUGACGACUGUUUGCAUGAAGGGAGUUGGUGAAGUUGAUGGUCGAUCAGUAGCUGUUGUUGAUACUCCAGGACUCUUUGACACGACAAUCUCAAAUGAACUAGCGGUGGAUGAAAUAAUGAAAUGUGUUUCAAUGUCGUCACCUGGACCUCAUGUGUUUGUCAUUGUGUUGAGUUUGUUAAGAUUAACCAAGGAAGAAACAGACACUGUAGAUCUGAUAAAUAUCUUUGGUCAUAAAGCUGCUCAGUUCAGCAUCGUUCUGUUCACUAGAGGAGACGAUCUUGAGGAUGAAUCUAUAGAGGAUUAUGUGAAGAAAAGUAAGUCUGCAGAACUGAAGAAACUGAUCAGAGAUUGUGGAGACAGAUACCUGGUUUUCAAUAACAGAGAAAAACAAGACAAAACUCAAGUGAUUCAACUGUUAAAGAUGAUAGUAAUUAGCAUGUUGAUCUGCCAGCCGUGGCUCUUUCAUGAGGAGAACUCGGAAAUUCACAUUGUUGUUGCAGGUGAAAUAUGA